UUCAAUGGCGUAAUAAGAUUUCUGCAUUUACUAUCACUACUGUUCUGCGGCACAUUGAGUCUGAGUCUUCCUCAACAGCAAUAUGUUGGACUUGGAAGAGACAAAUAAAGAACCAACAGACAGGUAAUGUGAGCAGGAGGGACUGUUUUAAAGAUGGACUGCUGACUUACUGACGGAACACUGUUAUUGGACCAAACAGUAGACCUCUGCUGUCCUGCCAUGGAGGGGUCAAAUGCAAAAAAAAAACUGGGAUAUGGACAUCAUAGAAAAGACAUCGGCCAUCCUCCUCUGUCCCAUCAGUCCACAGCAGACUGUAGUAGUGAGGAGAUCAAUCCCCCCAGAAAACUCAACGGCUCCUCUGUGGAUAUACCCAGCUACCACAACCUGCACCGGGAGCUGCUGCUCAGCCAUAAACGGGGUCUGGUGCUGGAGGAGAAACCAGAGCUGCAGCGAGUGUUGGAACAGCGCAGACUAGAGCGGUACAAAGAAGAGGAGCUGGCACGACGGAGGCCUUCAGAUCUGGAGACAGAGCUUCGCAAAAGACAGCAGAAACUGCAGGAGUAUGAGCAGGAGGAGAUCAGGCAGCGGGAGAGCCAGCAAACGAUCCCAGAGUUUGUCCGCGUGAAGGACAACUUGAGGCGUACCCCGAUGUCUGACCAGUGAGGCAUUCAGGCUCCCAUCAGCCCCUGCACCAUCUCACCAUAGUGGCCCUACUGUGUAUUUAUAUCCACUGUCCCUGUCCUACAUUACAACACAACACAAAAGCAGCAGCUGGAUACAUGUCUCGUAGCAGGUUUUAAAUUAGAUUGUGGAGUAAUUCAACAAAUAAUUAAACAGUGUUUCAUAAAACUUGAUGUUUCUGAUGAGGGAAAGGAAGUGCUUUUGUAUUUUUCAUCGUGAAAUGUUUCGUUCAGAAAAAGCUACAACUGCUUAAAGUGUGGGCAUUUCUUAUUUUUCAAUGCAAUAUACAACUUAUUUUUUAAAUCAUCUUAUAUCAUGAAUUGGAAACGUAUAUUAUUUGUUUUGCUCUCAAGCGGUGAGAUCAGCCCAGCCUAAACAACAAUACUGCUAACAGACACAUUUUUAAGAAAACUAUUUCACAUCCCCUUUGUCUCCCCCACUGUGACGAAUGUGCAUAUUUGUUUAUCCGUUUCUGUUCUGACUUUUCUAGAGUGUCCAUGUACUGUGGAAAUAAAAACUUUAUGGUUUGCAAA